ACUUUCACUUUAUCACGGUCAAUUUCAAUUGUACUCAAUUCUCUUCUGUUCAAUUGUUUAACAAUUGAUUGUUAGAUUAUAUAGCAUAGGUAAGUGGCCGUUCAGAUAUCGAAGCCAACAUUUUGCACUAUUAUAAUAAUAUUAAUAAUAAUAAUAUUAAUAUUAUUAAUAGGCAUAAUUUCGAUCUGUACUGAAGUAUAUACCCCCAUACCCCUUUCAAUUGCAACCUUUUUCCAAUUCUUCUAGUUGUUAUUAUUCUAAUCAAUUAUGCCAAUCUUUGGAGAAAAACCAGUGACAUCAAUCACUAUAAAAAUUAAUCAAUUAAGUCAACCUCAUAGGUAUGAUGAUGAUGAUGAUAUAGAUGAUUCACCUGAACUUCAAUUAUCAAAUUUAUUGGAAUUAAUUAAAAUUCAACCAUCAUCUGGAGCAACUGAAGCUGCAAGAGCCAUUAGAAAAAAAAUUAAGUAUGGUGAAUCAGUUGAAGAACAAAUAAGAGCAUUAAAUAUAUUGGAAUUAUUAAUUUUAAAUUCCGGUAGAAAAAUUGGUCCAAUUAUUGCAAGAGAUGAUAAAUUAAUAGAUGUUUUAAAGGGAAUUUUAACUGGUAGUGGUAAAACUGGUUUAAGUUUAUCUUAUGAUAAAGAAGUUCAACAAAAGGUUAAAGAAUUGGCUAUUGGUUGGAAAACAGAAUUAGAAGAAUUAGAAGGUUAUAAAUACUUUGCAUGUUUAUGGCAAUUCAUUCCAAAAUCAAAAUCAAAGCAUGGACGUACUUCAUCACGUUCAAUUUCUUCUCCUGCUCCAUCUUCAAGUCGUCGUACUGUUGAUGCUGAUUACGAUGAUGAUGAUAAUACUGAUGAUUAUAGACGUAGUAAUCAGUCUAAUCGUAAUCAUGGUCAUCAUGACAAUAAUGGCUAUGAAGAUGAUGAAUAUGAUAAUAAUGCAGUCUAUGAUUCUCCUAAAUAUUCAAGACCAAAAUCUCCUCCUCCACCUCGUCCAAGAGUAUCAUCUCCAUAUAAUGGUGAUAAUGGAUUGGAUAAAUCUAAAGAUAAACAAAAGGAUAAAAAGGAUAAAAAGAAGAAGAAAAAGGGAAAGAUUGGAGUCAAAUAUGCUGAUGAAGAAUUUGAAAUCCCUCAAAUCAAUUAUACUCUUGAAGCCCCUAAAAUUAGAACUUUAAUUGGACAAUGUCAUACCCAUACUACUGGAUUAACUAAUGCAUUAAUUGUAUUACCUGCUGGUGAAUCACCUUUAGACAAUGAUAAAAUUAGAGCAGAAUUUGACAAGUGUAAGAAGAUUAGAAGAAAAGUAUUAAGAUAUUUACAAUUUGUAGGUGCUGGUGGUGAAGCAAAUAAGACAGCAGAAGUAAUAGCCAUGGAUGAAGAAUUUCUUGGUAGUUUAAUUGGAGCAAAUGAAUUGUUGGUUGAAUCCUUUAAACAAUUUGAUGCUAAAUGUGGUAUUCCAACUGUAGGAGUUCCAGCUCCAACAUAUGGUGAAGAAGAAGAAGACGAUGAUGAUGAAAGUUAUAGUGGUGAAAGUUAUUAUGAUAGUGAAGAUUCAGAUGAAGAAGAAGCCUCUGAACAACUGAUCAGUCAAAGGUUACAAAAUACUACUAUUGAAGGUAGUAGUAGCCAACCUGUAGUUGAUUAUACUAUACCAAGAAAAUCUCCACCACCUCCACGUCCUUCCAAACCUUCUAAGUUAAUCAGUAGAGCUUCUCCCGCACCUGUUUCUUAUACACCACCACCUGCAAAGCAAAGUAUAAGGAAGUCACAACCAAUUGCUGAUGAUAAUGAUCCUUUUGGUGAUAAUCAUGCUGUUCAACAUGAAAGAUCAAUUUAUGAUUGAAUUAAUUAAUUCAUUCAUUCAUUCAUUCAUUCAUUCAUUCAUUCAUUUAUUCGUCAUUU